AUUUAUUUGCUCACCUGUACAUUAUCUCAAUUUGUAUUUAUCUAGUUACAAUCCAGACAAGUUUUAUAAUAAAAAACACACACACACAAAUCGUUUACAGAUAUUCAAAUAUUAUGUUUUUAUACAAUACAGUGACAAAAUAACCGGUUAUAAAGUAACAGUUCUCACCGAAAAUGGCAGAUAACCAAUAUCCCCCACAAAAUUAUAUAAAAACGAAAAAAUAAAUACUUUAAAUUAAAGAUAGUUUUAUAAUAAAACAUUAGUCUCAUCUAGUGACAAAAUAACCGGUUAUAAAGUAACAGUUACUACCAAAAAUGGCGGAAUACUUGCACUUAUAACCUACACAGCUUUAAAUAAACAAUUUCUUUCAUCAUUCUAGACAUCAUUACAAGGGACUCAUAUCAAAAUCGAUUCAAAUUAAAUGAAAUAUCGGUUAAUUCAACUGGUAUUAAUCUAUCGAAUAAAAUAAAUACUCAAAAAAGUCGCUCGGUAUAAAAAUAAACAAAAACACCCGUUUGUCGUGCAAACGCUCUUUUCUGCCGCGCGAACAACCUCGCUUAAUUCCUAUAAAAAAUCUCGCAAAAACUCGUCGCGUCCCAUUUUACCAAACCUGGCACUUCUUCGUGGGAUUCAUGCCGGCCCCCACGGGGCAAUUAAAGUCCCUAGCAAAGUACUCCAUAUUCGAGAGGGGCCCGUUCACGCGGAACUUGUCGGGCGCGUGCUCGUCCGUCACGAUCAUCUGCUGGAGCUCCUCCAAUCUCGUCUGCGAGCACCAAACGCUCGCCGCCGACAGCCAGAAGAGCUGCCUGGCCGUGUAAUUCACCCCCGGCAGGGCUUCCUCCUCCGCGUUGCGCCCCGCCCACCUCUCGUAGGCCAAAUAGGCUUGCUUUAUGCCGCCGUUAUCGGCUAUGUUCUCCCCCUGCGUGUUGAUGCCGUUGAGCUGGAAAGGAACCGAUUUGAGAAGAGGGGGUUUUGGUUAGUUCUGUGCGUGGAUUUGGGGACUUUCAUGCUCUAGUACUAAGUACUGGUACUAGAUUCGGUGACGAAGGAACGGUGCAUUAAGUGUAAAUUGUGUCGUGCAUAAACGCCCGCCUCUGCCGUGCAAAAACAACCCCAAAUAAUUUGGUACCUCGUAUAACUUACACCGAAUAACUCCCACUAAAGAGGCCUCACAAUUUAUUUUAUUAGUAGGUAUAUCGACUACUCCAUGGCCAGAUUUUUCUCUGACUGUCCACAAAUCCCGAGAUAAUCUGUGUAUAUAGCCUAUAUACAACUUUUAUAACCUCUUUAUAGCCUAUAAAAACGUCUAUGUAGCCUAUACAGGGUGCCUCAUAAGUUGAUACUUUUUUUUGGAAAAUAAAAAAGAUGGAAAUUUUUAAAAUUUCUUUAAAUUUCGAAUAUUUUCCAACGUGUACUUGCCAUUACCAUACUUGUGUCAAAAAAUAAUAAAUAAUUAAUGACAAUCAAUCAAAAUGGCGACAAUUUUGAGCAAUUUCUUGAACUUAAUGAACAGGGCCGUAUUAAGUAAGUUUUUAAUAAUUAAAAAUUGAAAAAAAACAUGUUCUCUUAUAUUCCGGAAUAUUAAAAAAUUUUACUUGAAAAAGUUGCUUAGAAUUAAAAGAUCUAUACGCAGUUAAAAAUGCAUCAACUUAAAGACACCCUGUAUAGUUUAUAUAACUUCUACAUAACCUCAGGCCUCAACCAAAAUGAAAGUGUACCUUACGUUAUUUUCACCAAAUUUUUCCCAUUUGUCCAAUCACCCCAAAGUAACCUAUAUAGCCUAUUUAACCCAUAUAACCAAUAUAGCCUAUAUAAGUCAUAUAGCCUAUAUAACCCCCAUAUAGCCUAUAUAACCCAUAUAGCCUAUAUAACCCAUAUAGCCCAUACAACUUAUACAACCCAUGUAGUAUAGUAUAACCCAUAUAAUAUAGCCUAUAUAACCUAUUAACUUACGUUGAGCGCAAGUUCGGGUACGCUGUAGUUGCCGUAUUGAUCAAUGAUGCAUUGAGCCUUCUCGACGAAGCGGGUCUUGGUGGUUUCCUGCCACCAGUCGACCAGGUUGCCGUUCUUGUCGAACUGCCUGCCUUGGUCGUCGAAACCGUGGGUUAUCUCGUGGCCUAUGACGAAACCAAUGGCGCCGUAGUUCAUGUACCGAGGCCGGUCGGCGUCGAAGAAGGCGCCCUGCAGGAUGCCGGCGGGGAAUUCUGCGGAAGGGACGGAAGGGAGGGCGAUUAGAGUAGUCUUUGAAGCCUUAUAGAGAAGGCUAGGCUUCGAGGUCGGUAGAUAACUUACGAAUGCUGUUUUCGAUUGAUGAAUAGUAGGCGUUGACUACUGCCGGUCGGCCGUGGGUGAUCCAGUCCGUUUUGUUCACAGGCUGCCGGAGCCUUUUGAAGGAAAAUCUCGUGCCGAAGAGGGUCAGGUUCAGGACCGAUCUCAUGUACUGUUCCGGGUCGAUUUCCAGCUAAAACAGCGACGAUAUUAAGGAUUUCAAAGGUUUCGAAGGAAUACUAUGGAUUCUCAAAUACUUACUCCAUCAUAGAACUCGAUGAGCUUGUUGUCGUCCAAAAGCUCGUCUGGAUAGGCUAUGUGAGUGGUCAUGGAUUUGGCCUUAUCCAAGGCGUUCUUCCUGGUAGCCUCGUCCAUCCAAUCGACAACUUUCAGGAUGUCCUCGAACUCCAGCCUAAUAUCCUUGACCAUCUCCUGCGCGUUCUUCCUGGCAUCUUCGUUAAAGUAUUUCCUCACGUAUAGAGCUCCCGAAGCAAUGGACAAACUGCAAAGGAGUAUCAGUCAUUCCGUUUGUUCCAGAGCAGGAUUAUUGCUCACCUUCCAGAUGUAAUGUCGAUGCACUCUUUCCACCUGGGUUCUCUUUCAGUCUUUCCAGUAAUUACUGAGGUGUAUUCCAGCUGCCUUUUCCUCAGAGCCUCAUUAAGGUAGGAUACCGAAUUGGCAGCCGCCCUCCACAUGACGUAGUUAAUUUGUUUACCUUUUCGGGGUUUUCUCCAUCAAAGUCUGCAGCGAUUUCAUGUAGGACGGGACGUUGACGAUGACCAAUUCCCCAGGUUCGACCUUAGCGUCUGGAGCUAGAAGGUUGUUGAUGUAUUCCGUCCAGGGUAUGAAGGAGAACUUCUCUUGGAGUUGCUCGAUGGUCAUGGGAUUGUAAAGUGCCGUCAUGUUCCUGCGUUUUUCGCUCGGCAAUGAAAUCUAGAACGACAGUAAAUUACUUCUCAGGCUGCAAAAGGCUUCGCGAGAGACCUAGCUGCCUCAAACGAGGCGUUUACACACACUAAGUAGGCUUGGAAAAACUCUAAAAAUCUAUAAAAAUUACAAUUUUUGUAUCAAAGCCUUACAGGCUACGACACCGCAGCCUUACCUUAGCCAGCUCCAUUUCAAAUUGCAGCGACUCCUUCAAUUCCUUAACGGCCCUUUCCUUAACGGCGCCGAACAGAACAGCCAGAUCCACCAUGUAAGCGUAGUAGGCUUUUACUAUCUUAUCUUCGAAGCCUUUGAUCAGGAACUCGCGCCUCAAGCCUAACGAAGCCUGGUCUAG